AUUUUAUUAUCACCAUUAUUUUUCCAGAAAAUUGAAAUUGUUGUAUAUUUUAUACAUAUGGUUUAAUUUUUUACACUCUUCAUGACCAUUUUCCUGUCCUAAUUAGUUGAUUUGUUAAAAAUGAACAGCAGAAAGUCGGAAGUUUCAUACACCACUCCAUCGAAGGUCCCUUAUCAUCAAAAUAACAGAAAAGGCCGCUUUGAUCUGAGUAAUGAGCAACUAAAGGAGAUCAAGGCUGCCUUCAAUCUCUUGGAUUCCCUAAACACCGGUAAAAUCGACUACCAUGAGCUUAAGGUUGCAAUGAGAGCUCUUGGCUUUGAUGUCAAGAAAAAGGAGGUUUUGGACCUGAUCCAGAAAUAUGACAAAACCAACACUGGUUAUAUAGACUUUGAAAAUUUUAAAGAAAUAAUGGUUAAGAAGUUUUCGGAACGUGAUCCAAUGGACGAAAUUAACAGAGCCUUUGAACUCUUCGAUGAAGACAACAAAGGUAACAUAGUUUUCAAGGACCUGAAAAGGGUUUCAAUGGAACUUGGUCACAAUUUGACCGACGAUGAUCUGAGGGCCAUGAUUGAGGAGUUUGAUAAUGAUCGAGACGGAGCCAUUUCGAAGGAGGAUUUUGUCAAUAUAAUGAGACAAACCAGUCUGUACUGAAUUAAUUUUUAAUCAUUUUUUAAUGAUUUAUUCCUUUUUCUUGGAGUGUUUUGUAUUUUCUUCCAAAUUUUCCCUUGUAAGAAUUAAUUUUUAACUUUCAUCAA